GCACAAUCCCUGGAAAUGUUCUUCUCUGGCUAUCCCAAGAUGGUGGGAUUGUCUUAUUUUCCAAAUUUGACUGUCUUCAGACUUGUCAAUCAAAAUAUUCAACAGGUUGUUGGUUUAGACUCCUGCCCGUUACUUCAAGAGCUCUGGAUUUCUGAAUGUCAGUUAGCGAGGAUUGAAGGUUUACAACAUUGUCCAGAUUUACAAAAACUAUAUUUAUAUGAUAACCAUAUUGCUGUCAUCGAGGCUCUGGAAAGUCUGACCAAGUUGGAAGUGUUAUGGCUGAGUAAUAAUAAAAUUGAAGUUAUAGAGGGUUUAAGUACAUUGCAGAAUUUAAAAGAACUUAAUCUUGCUGGGAAUAUGAUCCGCUCGAUUGGAGAAAGUCUUGAUCCUAAUAUUCAUCUUGAAAGACUGAAUUUAUCUGGCAAUAAAAUAUCUUCUUUCAAGGAAGUUGCUAAUUUAGCUCGGCUGUCAAAUUUAAAAGAUUUGGGCCUUAAUGACCCAAUGUACUGCCCCAAUCCUGUGUGUCUUCUGCACAAUUAUUCUACCCAUGUGCUGUACCACAUACCACAGCUUCUGCGGCUUGAUACAAGUGAUGUGUCCCCAAAGCAAACCAAGGAUUUAGCAGAGUCUACAGUUAUGAAGAAGAAAAUGUUUUAUAACAUGCAACUAAAGACCAUUCAACGACAACAAAGAGAAGAACUCGAAAAGCUGAAAGAGCAAAAAUGCAAAGGGCGGCUAGUACCGGCAUGUCAAAUUAGAUUACUCACUUUACACAUCAAAAACCUAGAACGUGAGCUCUCAGAUCUAGAGCUAUCCAAUCACACGCAAAGAAAUCAUCAAAUGUCACAAAAGUUUGACGAGAUCCUCACUGCCAACAAGGAGUCCACUCCACAGCUUCAAACAACAGAGGGAAUAAUGGAGGAUGAGAGAAAUCUAGUUCAGAAGAUUAACAAAAAGCUAUGUGCGCUGAAAGAGAGAAUAACGUUCUGGACACAGAAGCUGCAUGAGAUAGAUUCACUGAAUGAGAAAGAAGUUGCAAGGGCAAAAGAAAACUUUGAUGUUUUAUUUAAGUAUCUACAGAUUGAACUGGAGACUGUAGGAAAUGUUCGCUUUGAAGAAGGAAACACAUCACACUCAUGGUUUAAAACAUGCUACGAUCUGAUCCUUGCACGUUAUUGCGUGUGGAAUUUUAAACUUUACGGGAUUUCAGGUGUGAAAAUAAAUAGAAUUAUAAAAGUUCAUAAUCGAGACCUUAAAUUAAAAUUUGAUGAUAAAUUGGAACAAUUCAUGGAUAAUGAAGACAUGUCUUCCUCUGAAAAGUUGUUGGAAUAUUUAUUUUGCAUUUUUGAUCCAAAGUUCCCUUUACAAAAGGCAGAACUUCUUGAAGUUCUUCAAAAUGGUUUCAAGGUUCCUGAAAGAUCCCAGCUCUCUGAACAAGGACAAGAUGAAGCUGUUCUUCUGUCUAAUAGUUUGAGCCUGUCCGAGGACCCCCGAUUAGAAUUCUUACAAAAGCGAGAUGAGAAAACGAGUUGUGAUCCUGAGCUAUUUAAAUACGGUACGCUUGUAAUUGCCAAAGUUUUCCUUGGGCGAAGUGUUCCGGCACUUGAUAAUCUUCCUAUUAAUCCAGAUAAUUACCCUAAUAUAAAUUCAGUCUUCAGACCACGAAAACAUGAGGACAAUACUUUAUCUUCUUUAAAUGAUGGAAUCUGUGAUUCCCAGGAACAUGGAAGCUGUGGGUGUUGUUUAAGACAGUGCAAAUGGUUUCUGCUUGAUCCUGAGCUUGUGCUGCCUGAGUACGUUGUUGAAUAUGAGUUUACUACAACGUCCCAACAGUUGCAUCCUUCUCAAUCCAGUGAUGGAGCCGAAGAUCAAGAACAUGAGCUAAAACUUGAUGAAGCCCUCGUUAACAUGGAACCGAUUAUGAAGCCAAAACCCAAAAUUAUAAUGUUAGAUGAAAAGACCAUUCUGUUAGCAGCAAACACCAACGUUUAUAGUAGGAUAACAGUUCUCAACUUACACGGCAAUGGUUUGAGUAAACUGAGGGAGAUUUCACGGUUAAAUGGACUCCAAAAGCUUGUUAUAAGUUUUAAUGACUUCUCAAGUCUUGAAGAUGUUUCAUUCCUGAAUAACUUGGAAUACUUAGAUGCCAGCUUUAACUCUGUGACUUCUCUGGACGGAUUUAAAGGACUGGGAAAGCUGAAGCACUUAGAUCUAAGUUGGAACCAGUUGUCAAAGACCAGAGAAGAAAUAAACACCUUACGUAAAAGCACAACCCAGCUGUUAUCGCUGGAUAUACGGCAUAACCCAUGGCACAAGCCAUCUUUAGUACACAAGACUGCAGUUGGAAGAUUAAGGUCGCUUAUUCAACUGAACGGAACCAUCAUAAGUGAAGGAGAGAUUUCUGAGGCCUUACAGGUUUUUGCUGGAUCCAGAAUUACUCAGUCACUUCUGUUCAACUCUAGAACUGACAGCACAAAACCGCGUUGCCUUAGUUUACUACCGACUGCUCAAAUAAUAUCACGGAUUAGCAAGAACUGUCCGGACCCAUAUGCUGACCUGAAUAGCAGCUGGUACUCUCUGAUAACUGCAUUGAAUUUCGAUGGACAAAACCUUUCCAGGAUUACUAAUUUAGAAAAACUGGAAAACUUAAGAUGGGCAUCAUUCAGCAACAAUUUUCUAACAAAAGUUGAAGGUUUGGAACACUGCAUACGUUUAGAAGAACUGUGCCUUGAUGGAAACUGCAUAACAGAGCUUAAAGGAUUUACACAGCUGGUGAAUCUAACACGACUUAGUCUUAAUUGCAACCAGCUUACAAACCUGGACCGAGAAUUCUUUAAAAGUCUGCAGCAUCUACACUUUUUUUCAGCUGAGAAAAACAACAUCAGCUCAUUGGCUGGUUUUCAGAAUGCGCAUGCACUUGUAGAGCUCUAUCUAAGCAGCAAUAAAAUUAGUAACAGCCAAGAAAUCUACUAUCUGAAGCAUUUGAGCAACCUGGUAAUUAUGGACCUUCAUGGCAAUCUGAUAGCAGCAAAGCAUGAACACUACAGAUUGUUUGUGAUCUUCCAUCUUUCAUCUGUUAGAGCCCUGGAUGGAACUGCUGUGGAACCAGUGGAGUUUGAGAAUGCCAGAGAUUUGUUUGAAGGCAGACUUACUUCCGAUGUGAUCGCAGAAAAAAUGGGACAUCAAAAUUUCACUGAGCUGUGUGACUUAAACUGGAAGAGCUCAUCAGUUAGAACUGUUGACCUUGCACCUAUUGACCAAUUUAUUUAUGUUCAGACCGUUAAUUUAGAAAAUAAUAACCUUACAUCCUUCAGUGGUUUAAUUUACCUGCCAAACAUUAAGAUCUUGAAUCUGAACCACAAUCACAUUGAAUCUAUAUUACCCAUGCAAAAAUCUCAUAGUCACUUAACUAGCAGACAGAUUCUUCACCAAAAAGUGAAGUCAAGUGGAUACGGCAAACAAGGGUCGUCAGGCGGUCGCAGGGACUCACUAUGUGAAGAAAUGCUUACCCCGUUAAUGCUGAGUUUAGAGGUGCUAUUUUUGGGCUACAAUGGAAUUACAAGUUUGCUUCCUCUGCAACUAAACAGGUUACAAAAUUUAAAAUCGCUGUUUUUGGAUGGAAAUGAAAUCAGCCAAGUUGAGGGAUUGGAGGGUUUACAGUUACUGCAAGAGCUUGUGUUGGACCGUAAUCAUAUUAAACUUAUUGUGGAGAAUGCAUUUGCUAAUCCGGGAUCCCUCCAUCUUCUACGUCUUGAAGAAAACAGACUGAGAGACUUAAGCAACUUGCUUUCUCUUUUUAAAUUAAGGAAACUUUAUGUUGCAUGCAACAAAAUACAGGAUAUUUCAGAAGUUGAAAAACUAGACACUCUUACCAGUCUUCAAGAACUUUCUGUAUUUGGAAAUCCAAUUUCCCGUAAAAAAGGCCACCGAGAACAACUUGUGCUGCAAUUACAACAAUUACAGAUAUUAGACGGGAUCCAUAUUACCAGUGAAGAAAGGGCAAGAGCACAGAUGUAUUUCUUGGAACUGCAAACACCAGGUGCUAAUACUGCAAUGGAUAUGGGCCACACGGUUUCUACAUUAGUGUUAACAAAGCCAUCUCCACCACGCGUAGCCAGCGUUGGUCUUCCUGCAGGAAUCUAUCAAUAUGCCGGCAGUGACCUCCAUUUAAAUAAUGCCCAUGAAGACAUCCUUCCAAAUGAUACAAAUAAGUAUAAGAAACUUAAAUACCAUGUCAUAGGAAUGACAAAUAAUCCUCGCAGUGUCCAUGCAGAGACAGCCUUCAGGCAGCUCAGUGGUGGAACAUAUAUUCUUCCCUCGUACCUCUCACAGCAGAGUGGCCACAGUCAAGUCCACCAGGCACAACCACACUCUCAGGAGCAUGAGGGAAGAUUUAAGCUGCAACACCUCAGUUUGUUUCUUAAGGAGGUUUUGGCUACCUUGGACAACUUCGAUACUACUAUCAUUGUCAAUCCUAAGAAAUCUAGUAAACUGAACAAGUACUUUGACGUUCCCUCCACCGUGGAGCUAUUUCCUGUACCAGACCGUGCUUCUGAGAUUAUUGGACGGAAAUGUGAAAGACCUGGUUGUUUGGAAAUGCCGACUUACGGAGAAAUCGAUGGUGAGAAACGACAAUGA